AUGUUCAGCAAAAUCUUAGCUUUCGGUGCCCUGAUAGCGGCCGCCAACGCUGGCCUCCUCCACGGACAUGGCGCCGCUGUGUCCUCUCAGAGCAUAGUUCGCCACGAUUCUGGAUACGGUGCAGCCCCUAUCGCCUACGCCGCGGCUCCCCUAGCCCACGCCGCGGCACCCCUAGCCCACUCCGUACAAUACGCCGCCCCAGCUGCGCACUAUGCUGCCCCUGCUGCAUACUCCGCAGGCCAUGAUUAUUAUGCUCACCCCAAAUACGACUACUCUUACUCCGUGGCGGACCCUCACACUGGCGACCACAAGUCCCAGCACGAGAUCCGCGAUGGUGACGCAGUGCAUGGAUCAUACACCCUCCUACAGCCCGACGGCUCCGUCCGCACUGUUGACUACAGCGCCAAUGACCACACCGGCGACUCAGCAGAGCUGCAUCGCCUUACGGAAGAAGUGGCAGAGAUCUUAGCUUUCGGUGCUCUUGUAGCGGCCGCCAAUGCUGGCCUCCUCCACGGACAUGGCGCCGCUGUGUCCUCUCAGAGCAUAGUUCGCCACGAUUCUGGAUACGGUGCAGCCCCUAUCGCCUACGCCGCGGCUCCACUAGCCGACGCCGCAGCACCCCUAGCCCACUCCGUACAAUACGCCGCCCCAGCAGCGCACUACGCUGCCCCUGUUGCAUACUCCGCAGGCCAUGAUUAUUAUGCUCAUCCCAAAUACGACUACUCUUACUCCGUGGCGGACCCCCACACCGGGGACCACAAGUCCCAGCACGAGAUCCGCGAUGGUGACGCAGUACAUGGAUCAUACACCCUCCUACAGCCCGAUGGCUCCGUCCGUACUGUCGACUACAGUGCCAACGACCACACUGGGUUCAACGCUGUGAUCGUAGCUUUCGGCGCCUUGUGCGCGGCCGCCAACGCUGGCCUACUCCACGGACAUGGUGCUGCCGUGUCCUCGCAGAGCAUAGUGAGACACGAUUCUGGUUAUGGCGUGGCCCCUAUUGGAUACUCCGUGGCUCCCCUAGCCCACGCAGUGGAAUACGCGCCAGCUGCCCAUUAUGCUGCCCCUACGGCAUAUUACGGCGGACACGACUACUACGCUCACCCGAAAUACGACUACUCGUACUCGGUGGCGGAUCCCCACACCGGCGACCACAAGUCUCAGCACGAGAUCCGCGAUGGUGACGCCGUACACGGAUCUUACACCCUUCUUCAACCCGAUGGCUCCGUCCGCACCGUUGACUACAGUGCCGAUGAUCACACUGGUUUCAACGCCGUGGUACACAACUCUGCACCGGCCGUCCACCCUGCACCGGCUCAUGGCUACAAUCAUUAU